AACACUAUUGUGUAUUUUCCUUAUAGGCUUCUCAGUCGUUCGUGAACCGCCAUGGCGAGAAUAUUAUUUCAUUGUGUUUUGUUUUGUUUCGCUUUUGUAUUUGGACAAAAAGAUGAUAAUAUUAUAACACAGACACCUUCGGGCCGGUUCGUGGGGUCGCUGAUGACGUCACGGCGGGGGAGACCAAUACACGCGUACCGCGGUAUUCGGUACGCGCAACCACCUGUGGGGGAAAUGCGGUUUCAGCCCCCAGUCCCCAUAAAACAUUACAAACAUGUUGUAAACGCAACGGCUGAAGGGCCGGCGUGUCCACAACCCGCGCCGGGAUACUUGCUAGAUGAGGACUGCUUGAGACUCAAUGUGUAUACCCCGGGGAGACUGGGCAACGGAUCACUGCCCGUACUGGUAUACAUCCACGCAGGCGGGUUCUACUCCGUGUCGGGUCGGUCGGACGUGGCCGGUCCUCAACACCUACUCGAUAAGGACCUCGUGCUUGUUACCAUUAACUAUCGACUUGGUUCGCUUGGCUUCCUAAGCACCGGUGACAUACACGCGCCCGGCAACAACGGGUUCAAGGACCAAGUGGUCGCUUUGCACUGGGUCCGCGAUAACAUAGCGUCGUUCGGUGGAGACGCGAACUGUGUGACCCUCGCGGGGUACAGUGCGGGGGGGGUCAGUGUUGCCUUGCAUACCGUGUCGCCUAUGUCGCGGGGUCUAUUCCACCGCGCGUUAUCAAUGAGCGGUUCCCCUUAUUCCCAAAUACCCUUCCAUUCCAAUCUCUUAUCCCUCGCGGUGAAACAAGCCCGGCUUGUGAACUGUUCCGUUAGUUCCACAGCGGAACUUGUGGAGUGUUUGAGGACUGUGCCCUGGAGGGUACUGGGGUACUCGCUGAAGGGAUUUCAGGAAUUUUCAAUAGAUCCCAUUCUAAUAUGGACUCCAGUAAUAGAAGGGGAUUUUGGCCAAGAGCGCUUUUUGCCCGAACACCCGCUAGAGAUCAUACGAGCGGGGAAACUGUACUCUGUGCCGUAUAUAGUAAGCCAGACUAGAGACGAGUUCUUUUGGGAAGCUUUUCUAGUGCUCAACAACUCAAUAUACCGCACUCUUAUAAAUGAGGACUAUUACAAAGUAGCUCCUUCAGCAUUUCUCCUCCCCUCUCCCUCAGACCUUUCUGCUAAAGCCCUUCGUAGAGAAUAUCUAGGUGAUAGGGACUUGGGAAAUACGGAUAUUGAUUAUGUGGAUUUGGGUAAAUUGUAUGGAGACGCGGUUAUCGGUUUUGGUGCUCAUAGGUUAGCAAACCUACUGGCUCAUAAUAACAAAGAGCCAACGUACUACUACGAGUUCGAUUAUAUCGGAAACCAGAGCCAUUAUGUAGACCCAACUACUGGGAAACCCACUGGUGUGGCUCAUCACGACGAAUUAAUAUAUCUGUUCUCGCUUCCCGCCGGGUUUGAGCCAAUCCCAGUUUCUGACUCCAGAGACUCCUUCAUGGUGGACAAAUUAACCGACAUUUUCUACAAUUUUGCUCGCACUGGUAAUCCAAACAGUCUAUUGGACGACAAGCCAGUCACGUGGCCUCCCAUACACCCCUCUAACAGGAAAUAUUUGCGAAUCGGAGACCAUUUCUCUGUUCACACAAAUCUAUUUGAACACAGAUUCCGAGUGUGGGAACACCUGUAUCCUAUUGAAUAUAUAAUUUAACGAUAAUUUGAAAAUAAAUCAAUUUAUAAAGAAA